CUUCGCUUCGAUGAGUGGCAGCUUAGGUGUAACUAACAGCUGCAGCAGCCCUGCACCCAGCAGCACCAGCAGCAGCCGCAUCUUCAGCAAAUUCAGCCCCAGCAGCAGCAGGAGGGAGGUGAAGGAUAGUGACAGCAUGGACAGGAGCCAAGGGGGCGGAAACAAGGCAAUGGCGGAUCACGUGCACGCACCCGUGCCAAAGCCGUCUCUUCGGCGCACCCUGAGCAGUGCUAAGGAGAGGCUGCAGCUGCUAGGGAGUAGCAGCAAGGUCAGGUGAUGCAGCCAGGACUCAGGCAGGAUGAGUGGAGGAGGGUUUGGUGGUAGCAUUUACGGGAUGGAUGUCCCCCAUUGGAGGUUCCUGGCUGAAAUUGUGAAUUGAAUUGUGUGCGGCAAUUGGUUGGGGCACGUUCCGCGCUUGGGGCAAGCCUGGAGGCAGGACUUUGGGGCAU